AUUCCAGCAGCUGCAUAUCUUUUAUUCCUGAUCUUUUAUUCCUACAAAUCUCUGUGAAGACAAGUUAUGUCAACAGCUGCUUUAAUUAAUUUGGUUAGAAAUGGAGGGUAUCAAGUAAGAAGGAGAGCCCUGCUGACAUCCCGCCUCUUGCAAGACGAGAAGUGUCCGACAGCGGCAGGGUACAGCUCCACCUCUGAACACCGGGCUUCCCGCUUUGAUGCAGAUGGGAGUGGGCGACCCGCCACAUGGGACACCUUUGGCAUCUGGGACAAUCGCAUUGACGAACCCAUUCUCCUCCCACCAAGCAUAAAGUAUGGGAAGCCGAUCCCAAAAGUCAGCCUGGCCAAGGUAGGCUGUGCUAGCCAUAUUGGAAAACGGAAGGAAAAUGAAGACCGAUUUGAUUAUGCUCAGCUGACGGAGGAUGUCCUAUACUUUGCAGUAUAUGAUGGACACGGAGGGGCAGCAGCAGCUGACUUCUGUGAUAAGUACAUGGAAAAAUACAUUAAAGAAUUUCUUACUCAGGAUGAAAACUUGGAAAAUGUUUUGAACAAAGCUUUUCUAGAAAUAAACAAGGCAUAUGAAAGCCAUGCUCAUCUAUCUGCUGAUGCGACUGUGAUGAACGCUGGGACCACUGCAACAGUGGCCCUGCUCCGGGAUGCUAUUGAGCUGGUUGUGGCAAGUGUGGGAGACAGUCGUGCACUGCUGUGUCGAAAGGGAAAAGCCAUGAAACUCACCAUUGACCAUACUGCAGAAAGGAAGGAGGAGAAGGAAAGGUACCUGAAUAUGGGUGGCUUCGUUACCUGGAACAGUUUGGGACAACCACAUGUGAAUGGUAGACUUGCAAUGACAAGGAGCAUAGGAGAUUUGGAUCUUAAAAACAGUGGUGUGAUAGCCCAACCAGAAACAAAACGGGUUCAGUUGCAUCAUGCAGACGACAGCUUCCUGGUCCUUACUACAGACGGUAUUAACUUCAUGGUGAACAGCCAGGAGAUCUGCGACUUCAUUAGCCAGUGCCAUGAUCCGGCUGAAGCAGCCCACGUCGUUACUGAGCAGGCAAUACAAUAUGGCACUGAGGACAACAGCACCAUUGUCAUAGUGCCAUUUGGAGCAUGGGGUAAAUACAAAAAUGGCGAGAUCAACUUCUCCUUCAGCCGCAGCUUCGCCUCCAGCGGGAGGUGGGCAUGAUGACCUGCCACAACUAUCUUUUCCUGCAAUAAUCUGGACACAGAGCGCUACAGGAGAACACAUCCAUCUGUUCAUAGGUUGACUCACUAUCUUGUCCAUCUCUUCUCUUCUCUGUUAUAGAAAAUGCCACUGCUCCCUUGAUGGAUAAUGCCCCAUUGUUGCUUAUGGCUGAUCGUGUUUUACCACUUAUUUAUUCGAAUCAGCGUUGAGGCAGCUAUGUCCUCAUGUUUCUGGUCCCAGCAGCUCCUAACACCACUUUGUUCAUGUAGACAGGGUUCUGAGCUUUCACCCUAGGCUGGAGGUGUUGCACGUUAGUUCCGUACCAACUCAUUUAUCUAGGACCCUUAGUUAUUUAGCAACUGUGAAAGUCUGAGACUGAGCCAUCUGCCAACUUCUUCGAACAGUACAUAGGGGAAGAAACACACAGCUUUCAUAGGGAGACAAAAGGCGGGUCUGUUGUCUUCCUCUGCUAUACAGCCACACAAAACUCCUCUGUGCUUCAGGAGAAGCAGAUGAAAAGUAAGGGGGAAGUUGCAGGAAGUAACUAGCCUGCACUUCUGUCCUGAUGCCAACGGCAUUGGGUGUAGUUGACAUUUUUCUUAAGACAGUGCUGCUUUGCAGGACUUUAUGCUCUCACCGCUGUGAUUUGUGAUCCUCUGGCUCCGAGAGCAUGGAGCAGGCUGGAGCCGCAGCUGUGGGAAGGGAGUCUCUCCAUUUCAUCUGAAGCCUGUGCAGUCUCUUUGGACGAUGUAGCAGCCUCUUUGCACCGUGUUCUCUUUGGUGUGCCAGCGCCUGACAGGAGCACGUUCGAGGGAAAAAGCUGCACAUUUUUGAAAUCCAGAGACUCUGUCAACUUGAAUUUCUUUCUUUUUUUUUUUUUAAACGAAUUUCAAAGAAUUUUCUAAUCAAGAUUCUUUGGAUGUAUAAGACAGGAAAGUUUAUUUCUUCAUAAAUAUAUGAAGAUUUCCUGCCCUCCCUUGAAGGUUUUUAGUUUGUCGUGAUCUCCUGUGUGUCCUCAUGGUAUACAGGAAGCUGUAAAAUGCACAAAGCAAGCAAGCUAGGGAAAGGAGAGAGCGGUUUAUUAACAUAACAUAAUUUGUGUAAGCUUUAGGUGGUGCUCAAAAUAGAUGCUAGAUACUCAGCCAGCGAAAGUAUAGUUUUGUACUUAACAGAAGAAUGUCCACGUCCUCUUCCCUUUUUGGUGGGAGUCUGUGUCCAGUGAGGCCCAAGGGUCCAGAGCCCUGAGCCAGCUCAGACUGUUGCUGUGAGAGGGACCGCAGGUGACGUGUUGGCGUGUUAGCAGCAGCUGAAGAUGUGUGCCAGCGUGCCUCUUUCCGACCUCGAUCUUCCUCUACUCCAAAUCAGGUGUGCAGCUCCCUUGGCCUCUUGAGUUACCCUGUUGUAAGGAGACAUGGGUAGAGAAAAACAGGGCUCUUCUCUGGUUUGCAACAACGUUUUUCAUUCUGUGGAUGUUUCAACCAGGACAAUUGUAAAAACAAACCAAAAAAUAAAUGACAUUGCCCGAUAAGAAGUCAGCUAACAAUAAGGAAAAAUAUUCCUGAGAUGCCUGGUCCAAUUCGCAUUUUCCAGCAUGAAGCAUGCAUCUUUGUUCCUUUAGCCCUUUCCAGGCCCAGAGUUAUACCUUAUGCAGUCAUUCCACAUGUUUUCUUUGCCACUGUUUGAAGGCCUGGGAGCAUCCCACAGAGCACAGUGUUGUACUGACAGCAGCAAGUACUUUGUGUAUAGAGAGUAUGCUGGUUUUGUCCCAUCACUUGGUGUAUUAUAUGGUGUAUAUAAUGUGUAUAUUGGGUUUAUAAGUAUGAAGAGUUUGUGAAACAGUAUUUGUAAAUCUCUAUCGAGUCUGAUGCUGUUAUCCAGGGCUCUGUAAUGAGUGUAUCACUGGUUUACAGUUGUAAUCCCUUCUCUCUCCCCAGUUUUUCUGGGUUUGGGUUCAGUCUUCACCUGAAGCCAAAAUGAUUGUCACAUUCUCUGCCGAGGCCAAAAGGCUGAGAACCUGCUCUGGCUGAUAGCAGAAGCGGCAAAACACAGCUUCUCCUGAGCACUUGAGGAGAGGUAGCACUUAACAGAGAUUCAGAGAGCUGCUCCAGGAAUGUGGUUAUGACCAGUUUGUGCAGCAGCGUGAACAGCUUAUAGCCUUUUUUCCUGCAGAAAAAGCAACUUGCUAAGCCAUCAAACCCAGUAGUUCCUAGGAAGGGGUUAACCACAGCAGGCAGCAGUCUUGCUCUGGGCACAAUGAGGAGUUGCAGUCAAGCUCUGGAGAGGGAGUUGUUGCUGUGGGGGUGGAUUUGCUAUCAAAUGUCAGCCAGGCAUGAGCAGUGUCGGGAUUUGGACAAGCUCCAUUGAUGCUGUUUCCUUCCAAACACUGCUCACUGCUUGUUUCUGUUCAGCCAGCAAACCACCUAUCGAAACAGAAGAUACUGUGGGCGUGGGAGUGUUUCUGACAAACACAUGCUGCUUUUUAAGCAUGGGCAUUUGAGCAGCACUGGAUACUUGCCAAGCUGAACACAUGCUAUUAAAUGCGGGUGGGUAAUGAAUAACACUACAAAUGAGGAGCAGGUGCUCUGAGGAAUGUCCUGGAAUUAGGGUAGCUUCAAGGCAUUGAUCUAUAUGUGAAAUGAAAUGAGAGUUUCUAGUCUAAUUGUGUUUCAGGGGGCUAUCCCUAUUGGAUAGCCUGAUUUUAUAGAGCAUGGAAGCAGUUGGUGUUUUUUUAUUUCUGCUGAGAUCCUACCGACUGGCUAUCCUCUCAGAGAAAGGAUUCAUCAGGAACUCCUUUCAUAUUUUGAAAGGAAGGCAUAAGACAAAGCUUUGCAAAAUAGAUGAUGGUUAGGUAAGGUAUCUUGGCAGUUCCUAUUAAUGCCUUUAUAGAACCACAGAAAAACUCAGGUCAGAAAGGACUUCUGGAUAUCAUCUAGUCUAACCUCGUGCUCAAAGCAGGGCCAGCUUCAGAAUUAUAUACUGCCAUAAAGAGACAUCUAGUGACAUUGAAACAUGACUGAAAAUGGGUGGGAAGAAAUAAUUCUUCAUACAGUGCAGUUUGCCUGAGGAACUCCUUGCCACUAGACUGCAUUGAAGCCAAAAGCUUACCAGUAUUUGGAAAAGACCAGGCAGUUUGUACAGCAGCUGAUAAACUUCAUAAAUAAAUCCAGCAGUACGUAUAUGUAUGUAACAGAUGCAAGCUUUUUUUGCAGUAGAGCAACAGCCAACCAAUAACUGAGAGAGGAUUAUGAAGCUUAAGUGCAGCUCAUUCCCUGUCUGUGCACCGUAGCUUUUUGCAUUUCAUUCUGAAGUAAAUAACUACUAAUGAAGAUGAAACGCUUUGCUCCGUUGCACAAUAAGCUGCCUAAUUCUCUUACCUGUAAGAACAGAGGCCCCUGCACAAUGUGUUGUGUAGAUACUUCACUUAAUGCUGCACAUUGCAAGAUCCUGAGUGCCUGCUUGGAAAACAUAAUUCUGUCUAGACACUCCAUUACUAGGCCUGUUCUCCUCCUGACCCACAGUCCUGCUUUUUUCAGCAAAGACCCGAGUGAACUCCCCUAGGAUUUCGUGGCAACUGCACCAAACCCCAUUUUUCUCCAAUGAGUCAGGGAAAACCUGCAUUUUCUUUGGUGAUGCAGCCACUAGAACAAACCACUUUCUUUGCAUUUCAGUUCUAGGGCUGUGUUGACACUGAGUCAUUGUUGACAGAGUGGGCUUUGCUGACAAGUUUAUGUACCGAGUGGGAUGUGGAUUUACAGCACUGAAUUUUGAAUGCACUGAAUAUGAAGACAGUGGAUUAAAGCCAUGUCAGGGGGCAUGGAAGUGGUUUGUUGCAAUGGUACCAGGGAAUCAAGUUAGCAGAGCCUUGCUAGUGUCCAGCCAGCAAACCACUUUGGCGUGGGGUUCCCCACCAGAGCUUGGUACUGCUGUGAUGAGGCUGUGCUUGCAGUUUUUUUCCAUCUAGUCUGUAAGCCUCCUGCUGCCUAUAGUAGCUCUUGAAGCAACCAGCUUUAAGCCCCAGGGACCAGCAAAAUUCUCUUGCCUCGUAGAGAGAUCCUUUUAAACUGGGGAGCAAAAGCAAAUUGUCUUUAUAAUGGCAGUUGCCUAUCAGAGGGGUUUUAUUAUUACAGGAUCACUAUAUAUGUCUUCAAUUUUGAAUCAAAUUAAAUAGAAUUUCAGUUCACUCCCUAGCUCCCUGUCUUUCAUGUGCAUCUGUUGUAUGAACGAAACCAAUGAUUUGUUUUUUAUUGCAGACCAACCUGAACAUUAAGGGUGACCUGCUGAGCAAACAGUAAUAAGCGCUUGCUCUUUCCUGCUUUUUUAGGGCUAGAUUCUGAACUCCAUCAGAUCAGGUGAGAAGUAUUUUCCUCCCUGAACACUCCUCCUGGAGCAGUGGCAUCUCUCAUUACAGGCACUGCAGGAGGGUGGCCUGGGGGUGCAGAAAGGCAAAAAAUGUUGACCAGCUAGUUAUUCACUUUUACUCUGAGGAUUUGGAAGGCAUGGAUGUCCUCAUACUUCUGGAGGAUUUACUAGGAGAGGUGUGAGGUUGUGACCAGAGUUCCAGCUUGCCUUCUCCUCCACCAGGAAAGUAGGGUUUCGGGUAUUGUAGAGGAAAGAAACUUUGCAGCCUUGAGUUAGGGGAGGUGGUCUGUCGGGAAGGUGUACAACCACAGUGCAAAACAGUGAAAGGCAGUGAGAGGUAACUGUUUUGUGCAGCAUCCUCUUACGAUCAUUCCCUUUUCAUCUGAAAAUCUCAGGCUCUGUGAAUAAUCACGGAGCGCAGGCUGUGGUUGAGAACGGGUGUGGAGGGAAAUCAGCAAUAUUACU